AUGUGGCUCAUCGACACCCAGACCUUGACUCUCAAGCAGGAGGUCAAUCCCGCACCAGGCUCCUAUGCCAUCCUGUCGCACACCUGGGAAGAAGACGAGGUGUCGUUCCAAGACUUCCAGGAUCUAGCCUCAGCUGGACGUCGGAAAGGCUUUGGAAAGAUUCAACGUACCUGCGAUCUUGCCCGGGAGAGGGGCCUGAAGUACGCAUGGGUCGAUACGUGCUGCAUAGACAAGUCCAGCAGCUCCGAGCUGUCCGAAUCCAUCAACUCGAUGUUCAGGUGGUAUCGAGACGCGGCUGUGUGUUUCGCCUUCCUAUCCGACCUCGGCGCCGAUGUCUCUUUCGAGGCUGGCUUCAGCAAGGAGAUGUGCCGAUGGCUCCGGCGCGGCUGGACUCUCCAGGAACUGAUCGCGCCCAAAGAGGUGGAAUUAUACGACGAAGCCUGGUCACUGAGGGGAACGAAGUCGCAACACAUCCCUCUCGUGUCCAGCGCGACUGGCAUAGACAGCGACGUAUUGAGAGACUCAUCCAGGCUCUCCCAGAUCCUCGUCGCUCGGCGCAUGUCGUGGGCUUCCGACCGCGAAACGACAAGAGCCGAAGAUCUCGCGUACUGUCUGCUGGGCAUCUUCGACAUCAACAUGCCCAUGCUCUACGGAGAGGGCGAGAAGGCCUUCAUGCGCCUGCAGGAAGAGAUCGUCAAGCAGAGCACCGAUCUAUCCCUCUUUGCCUGGCGCGCCGACGCGUUGUCCACGCAGAGGUUCCGAGGGAUCUUCGCAAGAACACCGCGAGAGUUUAUUGGGUGCACCCAGAUGCGGAAGGAGAUUCCUGGCGCCAGGGUCUUCGGCGGGGGGUUCACGGCGACCAACAUCGGCCUGCAGAUCGAGACGGGCUUGUGGCGGUGGGGCAACAUCCAUAAUCAGCAGACUGCUGUCGAGAUCAUGGAUCUUCACGUCCUUGAGCCUAUCCCCAAAGCACCUCAUAUCAGGAAUCCGCUCUGCAUAUAUCUGACCAAAACGCCACAGGGCUAUGUGCGACUCAAGCCGCAGGAACUAUGCCGACUGCCCACCCACGAGAGACAGCUCCGGAAGAACCACAGGAAGGUACCGCGGGCCUCGAUCAGUAUCCUCAAAGACGUCCAGGAUUGGGAGCAGGACUCGAUCGACAGGCAGUCCGAAGGCAGCGUCUUCAUAAAGACGCCCAAAGACUCUCUUUUCAUCGACGCAGAGCCCAAGGAGCUGUGGGAUAACUCCUACCGCGAUAUUUCAUUCAUAGGCCCCGGGACGGGGCUCACAGGCUACGUCGAGCUGGUGUACCUGGGUGCCAAGAUCUUCAUAUUAUUCUCGACCGUGCGUCCCGACAGGCCGUGGUGCAAGAUGUUCUCCGAGAUCGAACCCGCAUACGUGCCGGAGUCGUUGUCCUGGGGCACUAUCCUGUACGGGAAGAUGAAGGAAGAGCUGCAGAAGUACCACACGGAACUCUCGGAUUGCCUUCGCGACUUCAGAUACGCUUCGGAUAGUUACUUUCUUAUGCCACCUCGCGAUGAUGCUAUCACGCGUGAUGCAAGCUGCAGAGUCAGGAAUACAAGCGAUGGGAAGACAGUCGUUAUCACUGCACACAUUGCUGUGCUCCUGCUUGGAGAGGCUGGUGAUGGGAGCGCCAAACGUUAUGAGAUCACGUUCACGGUAGAUAGAGGGGAGGAACAGACGACGCAGUAA